CUCCGCAGCGCUCGCCUGGUGCUGGGAGGGUAAAACUCGCGGUGAGGACGCCAAACCAGGUCUCCACAAUGUUGCUGCUGCACAGAGCUGUGGUCCCAGGGCUCCGUCAGACCUAUAGACUCAGGUCAACCUCCUCAAGGCUCUGCAUUCAGGCCUCCUCUACAAAUGAUUCAUUUCAGCCCCAGCACCCCAGCCUCACCAUUUCUUGUGAUAAUUCCACCACUGGGAGAUGGAGAGUCAUGGGGGCCCUGCUAGGCCUCGGUGCAGUGUUGGCCUAUCAUGACCAUCGGUAUACAGCGGCUCAGGAGUCACCACCCAUGUACACUAAGGAGGAAGUAAGCUCCCACAGAAGCCCUGAGACUGGGAUCUGGGUGACUCUGGGCAGUGAGGUCUUUGAUGUCACAGAAUUUGUGGAUCUACACCCAGGGGGGCCAUCAAAGCUGAUGCUGGCAGCUGGGGGUCCCCUAGAGCCCUUCUGGGCCCUCUAUGCUGUUCACAACCAGUCCCACGUACGUGAGUUACUGGCUCAGUACAAGAUUGGGGAGCUGAACCCUGAAGACCAGGUGCCCCCCACCUUGGAGAACUCUGACCCUUACGCUGAUGAUCCUGUGCGUCACCCAGCCCUGAAGGUCAAUUCCCAGCGCCCCUUUAAUGCAGAGCCCCCCCCUGAGCUGCUGACAGAAAACUACAUCACACCCAACCCUAUCUUCUUCACCCGGAACCAUCUGCCUGUACCUAACCUGGACCCAGACACCUAUCGCUUGCAUGUAGUAGGGGCACCUGGGAGUCAGUCACUGUCCCUGUCCCUGAAUGACUUGUACAAGUUUCCCAAGCAUGAGAUCACAGUCACUCUGCAGUGUGCCGGCAACCGGCGCUCUGAGAUGAGUCGGGUCAAAGAAGUAAAAGGUCUGGAGUGGAGGACUGGGGCCAUCAGCACUGCACGCUGGGCUGGGGCACGGCUCUGUGAUGUGUUAGCACAGGCUGGUCACCAACUCUGUGAAACUGAGUCUCACGUUUGCUUUGAGGGACUGGACUCAGACCCCACUGGGACUGCCUAUGGAGCAUCCAUCCCUCUGGCUCGGGCCUUGGACCCCGAAGCUGAGGUCCUGCUGGCGUAUGAGAUGAAUGGGCAGCCUCUGCCUCGUGACCAUGGCUUUCCUGUGCGGGUGGUGGUUCCCGGUGUGGUGGGUGCCCGCCAUGUCAAAUGGCUGGGUAGAGUGAGUGUGGAGCCAGAGGAAAGUCACAGCCACUGGCAGCGGCGGGAUUACAAAGGCUUCUCUCCAUCUGUGGACUGGGACACUGUAGAUUUUGACUCAGCUCCAUCCAUUCAGGAACUUCCUGUCCAGUCAGCCAUCACAGAGCCCCAGGAUGGGGAGACUGUAGAGUCAGGGGAGGUGACUGUUAAGGGAUAUGCAUGGAGUGGUGGUGGCAGGGCUGUGAUCCGGGUGGAUGUGUCUCUGGAUGGGGGCCUAACCUGGCAGGCAGCUGAGCUGUAUGGAGAGGAACAGCGCCCCAGGAAAGCCUGGGCCUGGUGUCUAUGGAAACUGCAAGCCCCUGUGCCAGCUGGGCAAAAGAAAUUGAACAUUGUUUGUAAGGCUGUGGAUGACAGCUACAAUGUGCAGCCAGACACCGUGGCCCCAAUCUGGAACCUGCGAGGUGUGCUCAGCAAUUCCUGGCACCGUGUUCAUGUCCAUGUCACCCCAUGAGAGCAUGGAAUGGAGCCAUCUACACCCCAAAACCACCUCAACCUCUUACCCCACCCUUCCUUUGGCCUCAUUGCCACAGAAAAACCUUUCCCUCCUCUCCACUUCUUGGAUUACAACCCUGCACUAGGCCUUCCAUACCACACAUAUUGCACAUUUCCCAGGCACCCUCCCUCCUUUGACACUAUGUAACAUAUCCCUCCUGGCCUCUGACUUUGUGCGGGGAGGUGAGAGCUGUUGAAGAAAGGGGCCAGAAGUCAAAAAGUAAUUCUGGAGACAAGCACUGUCUAUUUUUUCUCUAUCCCACCUCCACUUCUAAUGCCUAUUGCCUUAUUUUGCUUUUCUUCUUGGAUUCUUCAAUGUGUGUGGUAUGUGUAAGAAAAGUAUAAAUGCCACUUACUACUGCCUUUUUUGGGUGCCAGGGGUUUGUGAAGAGAGCAAGGGGUGCAACCCUCUUUCUUUAUAAUUCCACUUUUCUAAAUACAUCAAUAAAGUGUCUGUUUAAGAUUA